AUGGCAGAUUGGAUGAAGAGUUGGAGGCUCCUGAUCCUCUUCAGCCUCUUCAGUCUCAAUGAACUAUUUGAGGUGAGAGAUGAAGAGUGGAAGGAGCUCAGCCCGGAUAUCGCUGCAUUACACCAGCUCAGAGGACUGUCUGAACACAUGUUUCAUGAAAAUAUCAGGAACCCAUCGAGCCACAGGGUUACGACCGUGCAUUGGGCCAGUGAUGUGUUGAAAUCUGUUGGCUGGGACACAACCGUGCAUGGGGCCAGAGAUGUGUUGAAAUCUGUUAGCUGGGAGGACAUUGACCGAAACCCGAUGACUUUGCUCUCUGAUCUUCAGGAGAAUGAGAAUUUCACAGCUUUUUUCAUUCAGAAGGAACAGGAUUUUGAAGACUUCUUGGCAGCUGUUGAUGAACAGAAGACACAAGAUGUGCUCCUGAGUGCUUCGGAGAUCUCGCACAGCUACGGCCAAAAACUUCUGGUCAUGACCGACAACGAAAAGUCAACAAAUGACAGAGUCCAACAGGAAUACAGCAUGGAUUCUCAUUACUCAGUAAUAGUCAGCAAUGAAUGCCUAUUCAAUGUCUCGUGUGUACCAGAAGCAGACAGCUACACCUUGGUGAAAAUAUUUGGGAGUGUUUCAGAAGAUGGACAAACUGUGUCUGGCCUUUCUGGCUCUUCACUCGCAGAGCUGAUGUUGAAACCAUCACUGGAAACUGCGCCCGUGUUCUCUCUCGAUGGAAACACAACCAAAGACUUCCAACAUAACUUCAUUAGAGUUUUUACGGCCCGUGGCAUCCCAGCAGUCCUAGAAACAAACCAGGAGAAUCACCAGACUUACCAGGUCAUGAACCAACUUAGAGAAGUUUCUGGAUACCAAAUUCCACAAAGACCGGUUGAUCACAGCACCCAGUACGACCACCAGCAGAUCCUCAUCCUGGAAGAUGACCCUGUUGUCAGAACAGCUGCUACGUAUCUUUUUGAGAAGCAUCCAACGGUUUCCUCUGUCUACGUUCUUGAUGACAACCAAAGACCAGUACUGAUCCGAGGUGACUCCGUGCCUCUGACAAAGGACAGCCGGCUGGUGCUGGUCGGCCACGGCAGGAAAGACAACUCAGGAGAAAUGAGACUGGGAGGAUAUGAAGUGCAAGAAGUCUCCAAAAUCAUUAAACAAACCUCCAGGGAUUCCAAUAAAAUUAAAACAAUAACUGUGGUGGCCUGUGACGUCGGAUCAGAUAAAGCAUUCAUUGAAACGCUGCUGAAGGAUCUCCAUGAGACCGCCGGCAUGGAGACAGAGCUGCACCUCAGGAACACUGUGCUCCAGAUCUUACACACAGGAGAGAAAAUCACCCUGGAGAUCACUAAGGAUGGAGAGCAAUGGAGACAUGAAGAUGACAGCAAGAAAGUGGUCGCAACCCUCGAUAGGAACGGAGAUGUAAUAAUUAGAAAUGAGCCCGGCAGUAAAGGAAAGGAAAUCGUUACCGCUGAAAGAAACUUUCUAGGUCCAAAAAAAAAUGAUCCGGUCAAACAGUCAGGCAAAGGUCAAAGUACAGCAGAAAAAAAAACCAGCCAAGACCAUAUAGCCUACAGAAAACACUGGCCUAUUGCACCAAAGAGAUUUAUUAACCAGAAUGUUUAUGAUAACUUCAAUCCUAAUGAUAAGAAAGCUUGUGAUGAACUUGAAGCUAUGUCCUGGGGAUUCUUUCACAACGAAAACAUACCCAGUCCAGUCAAACUUGACUUUGAAGCACACAUAGCAGAGUAUUAUUUAACUAAAGAGGUAAAAGAGGGAGAAAAGAUAAAGGCAGUGCAGAUAAAGGAUCAAAAUGAAAAACAAGUUAUUCUUUCCAAGUGUUAUCAGGUUCAAUCAGGAGAAGAUGUCAGGAAUGUAAUCCGUCACUAUGCAAAGACCGGAGAAGAUGAGGUUACAUAUCUGAAGGUCAAUGACUGGAUAUUAAAGAUUAAUCCUGAUAAUCUGUAUGUUUCUCUAGUUGGAAAAAGGCUUGACAACACUAGAGGAGAAACUGAAGAAAAGGUUAAGCCAUGUAUUGAAGCUCAGACAGGAAAAGAAAGUUACAAAGACAUACGGGGAGGAAUUAAAAAGGAAUUGGGCAAUAGUGACCCAAAAAAAAAAUUUGCUCAAUAUGCGGAAGAUUUUCUUUAUGUAGACGAAGAAUAUUCUCGGUACACAAAUUACCUGCCGCUCCCCACUGAGGCCUGGCUAACCACAUAUUUUACUGCAUCAGUUAUAUCUGAAUCUGCUAGAAACUUUCGGACAUUUCCUCUGAUUCUCAUGGCCCUGGAUAUGGUCCAAAGAGAUGACAUUAUAAAAGAGAAAGGACUGAACUUUCUUUGGGAAGAACAUUCAAUGGCAGGAGGAGGUUCUUGGAUUGACACAAGCAAGCGGGGAUUUAGUGGCUCAGCCGACUAUGAGAACUCUAUUAAUUUAGUUACCCAGAAGCCUUCGGCUAGUUCCGAAGUCAAUAAUAAGCCUAAAGAUAAAAAGAAACAGCUUGAAGAGCUCCUAAAAAUAGAAAUAAAACUGUACCAAUCGUACAGUGAAUUUAUGCCUCAAAGAGAAGAAAAUAUAAAUGUAUUCAAUAUCGCAGAAAAAUACGAAUGAUUCAACAUAAUUCUGUUGUUGAUUACGAAACGUUCAAAAAUAAGGUAAACAACAAUCCUCAAGCGUCCGGCUCACGUCCAAAAACUUAACAUCUGGGUAGCACUUUAUAAUAACUACACACAAUUCAUCAGUUAUUAAGCA